AUGUCUAUAGUAGUUCAAGAUAAAGAAGAUCAAAUUUUGACUCAGUUGGAACAUCCUCAACUCGAUACCAAAUCCCCGCCAAAAUAUAUUGCAUAUCUAGCAGGUGUUUGUUCCGGGAUAAAUAAAAAUUUAGUGGGGCAUCCAUUUGAUACAUGGAAAAGUCGAUUACAAACAGCUCCUAAGGGGAGAUUUAAAGGACCUAUUGAUUGUGCUUGGCAAACAUUGAAAUAUGAAGGACCAUUUGGGUUUUAUAAAGGGUUUACUCCACCAUUAGUGGGUUGGGUAUUUAUGGAUUCAAUAAUGCUUGGUUCAUUACAUACAUAUAGAGAACUUGUCAAAGAUUAUAUAUACCCCCAUGAAAAGAAAUUACCAUUACUUGGUCAUAUGAUAGCAGGGUUAGGAAGUGGAUUGACAGUGAGUUUUGUUGCCGCUCCCAUUGAACAAUGUAAGGCAAGAUUACAAGUUCAAUAUGAUAAAAAAUCAAGAACAUAUAGUGGUCCUAUUGAUGUUGCUAAAAAAGUGUAUCAAGCCGCUGGUAUAAGAGGGAUAUAUUCUGGUUUAAUAUCAACGAUGAUUUUUAGAACAAAUUUUAUAUUUUGGUGGGGGUCAUACGAAAUUUUCACACAAUAUUUUGAAAAAAACACCAAAAUGUCGACUCCAUCAAUCAAUUUUUGGGCUGGUGGAUUAUCUGCUACUGUGUUUUGGAUAUUUGCUUAUCCGGCAGAUGUUGUUAAACAAAAUAUAAUGACAGAUUCUCCUAUUCAAUCAGAAAAGAAAUUUCCAAGAUGGAUAGAUGCGGUAAAAUAUAUUUAUAAAGAAAAAGGGUGGCAUGGAUUUACUAAAGGGUUUGGUCCAGCUAUAUUAAGAUCAUUCCCUGCCAAUGCAGCUGCACUUUUAGCAUUUGAAUGGGUGAUGAGACUACUGAAAUAA